AUGGUGAAGGUGAUGCAGAAACUAAUAGUGCAUGUGUUGGAUUGGGGUCAUAAGAGUCAUCUGAUGAUGAAGAUUAUUUUUCAACUGGGGCUAGUUAAUCAGAUGAUGACCUGUCUGAUGAUCUUCUUUCUAAUAAUGAUGAAUAUGUUCAGACAAGAAAAGAACUUAAAGGAGUUUAAAAAGAAAGUUCAAGAUUGUGAUGAUGAUGCAGGCUAUACACAUCCAAUGGCUACAACUGAGAUGGACUUCGAAGAGGAUGAAUUAACCCAAGGGGAAGGCCUAGAAAGCAUAUUGCACCCCAAACUGAGGUUCAACCACCCCAAACUGAGGUUCAACCAAAUAUGGUGA